UAGAUCGAGAUAAAUAUAUACAUUUACUUGCUGAGAAAAGAAAGUUAAUCUUCAAUUUUACGCUUAGGUUACAAAUAUUUUUCCUGCAACACAUAAAAUACAUUAACGUAUACUUGAAGCUAUAUCGUAUAAACAAAAGAGCUCUUUACCAAUAGGUGCUCCUAAAAACAAAAAUUCCCCGUAACAAAUAUACUGUAAUAGUUUUUUAUUUAUAAAUUAACCUAUCUGUCCUUUGCUCAAAUUUAAAUUCAAAUAAUACUCAUAUAUAUAAAUGUGAACCUGAUAUAUAUUUUCAGGAAUGUAAUUCCAUUGCUCCAUCCACCUCUCUCGCUGUUCAGUUCUUUUCUCUCCUUUGUUUUUUACGGUGCUUCUUUCGCUAAACAUUGUCUUCAGUUUCAGUGCCAUACAUUUUGUUUUCCUCUCCCUUUUCUACAGAUAACUUCUUCUGGGUAUUUGUGAUUUGUCAUCUUUGAUUCUUUUUUCUCUUUAAAUUGCGAAGAAAACAUCUUUGACCGUUCUUGAAGCUGAAAGAAGAUGGGCAGAGCAUCGAGAUGGUUUAAAGGCAUUUUCGGCAUGAAAAAGAGAAAAGAGAAAGAGAGCGGAGUUCCCGGCGACGGAGGAGGAGAAACCGGUAGGUCCCACAUUUACGGAAAAACAUUCCAAGCAGACUCUGUCUGGCUCAGAACCUACUUGGCAGAAACAGAUAUAGAACAGAACAAACACGCUAUUGCGGUUGCUGCCGCCACUGCCGCAGCCGCAGACGCAGCAGUUGCAGCGGCUCAAGCUGCCGUCGCGGUUGUCAGGCUAACAAGUAAUGGAAGAGGGGGAGGAUAUUCCGGGACCACAAUGGAACGGUGGGCCGCCGUUAAAAUUCAAACAAUCUUCAAGGGCUAUUUGGCGAGGAAAGCAUUAAGAGCGUUGAAAGGUCUAGUGAAGCUACAAGCUUUGGUGAGAGGAUACUUGGUCCGCAAAUGCGCCGCUGAAACGUUUCAUAGCAUGCAAGCUCUCAUCAGAGCACAAACUAGCGUUCGGUCUCAACGCAUCAACCGCAACAACAUAUUACAUCCUAGACAUUCUCUUGAGAAAUCUGAUGAUUCGAGAAGCGAUAUCCAUAGCAAGAGAAUAUCAGUCUCUGUCGAGAAACAUAGCAACAACAACACGUACAAUGAGACCAGUCCCAAGAUUGUUGAGAUUGACACUUACAAGACAAAGUCAAGAUCGAGGAGACUGAACGUUGAUGUAUCUGAACAUGAAGAUGAUAUUGAGUGGAGUUUUCCAGGAGAUAAAUGUAAGUUUCCUACGGCGCAAAACACGCCGAGAUUCUAUUCGUCAGCAGUGAAUAAUCAUCACUACUACUACACACCACCUUCGCCAGCAAAGAGCGUUUGUAGAGACCCUUAUUUUAGACCAAGUCAUCCUGGUUUGAUGUCACCGAGCUAUAUGGCUAAUACGCAGUCGUUUAAGGCCAAGGUGCGUUCCCAUAGUGCGCCGAGACAGCGUCCUGAUAAAAAGAAGUUGUCGCUUGAAGAGAUUAUGGCGGCUAGAAGUAGCGUUAGCGGCGUGAGGAUGGCCCAACCACAGCAAGAAAAACGCUCUUCUUGUUCUUAUGAUCGUCAGUUUCCUCAAGAACGGGUGGAUUUUAGAUACUAUAAUUAGAAAGAAACGUCAUUUUCGUCCUUAAAGAAGAGAUCGUCGUAGUCUUUGACUUUUCUUUUUUAUAUUUGGUCAUUUAUUUCUCGUUCUUAUUUUUGUAAAUUUUUGCUUUUGGAAAAAAUGUUACAUUUAUUUCUAGUUAUUUACGAGACUACUUUAAAAAAAUGUUACAUUUAUUACUAGUUACUACACACGAGACCUCUUCAUGUUAAAA